CGGAAUAACGUCUUGCGCAUGCGCGUCAGUACUAGACGAAAGGUGGGAAAAUUCAUUAUUUUGCGUCGCUGCAUGCUCAUAACACAAGCAUGAUAUUCAGAAAGGUUUAGUAGCUUAACGGAGUAUACAACUCCACAAAUAGACUCUUCAGUUAGCCAUUCGUCGCCAUCACUAAACGAUUACCUGGGAGCGGGCCCCAGCAUCCUUGUGUCUGGAAUGCUGACACCCCCUAAGCGGUCCCCGAAAUUAAAUCCACCACCCUCACCGUGAUUUUCUAUGCGAUUGGCGUCUUACCUGUUUGCUCAGCAUGAAGAUUGCGGUAGAAGGCUGUUGCCACGGAGAGCUGGACAAGAUCUACGAGACAAUCGGCUACCUGGAGAAGAAGGAGGGGGUUAAAGUUGAGCUGCUGCUUUGCUGUGGAGACUUUCAAGCGGCGCGAAAUGAAGGAGACAUGAAGUGUAUGGCUAUACCACCCAAGUACAGGAUGAUGCAGACCUUUUACAAAUACUAUUCUGGAGAGAAGAAGGCUCCCCUCCUGACCAUCUUUGUUGGAGGGAACCAUGAGGCUUCCAACCACCUGCAGGAGCUGCCUUAUGGCGGCUGGGUGGCGCCCAACAUUUAUUACUUAGGUUAUGCUGGUGUUGUUCGCUACAAAGGGAUUAGAAUUGGUGGCGUAUCUGGAAUCUUCAAAUCACAUGACUACAGAAGGGGUCACCAUGAGUUCCCCCCAUACGAUCCCAAUACACUUCGAAGUGUGUACCACAUCCGCAAUAUUGAGGUUUUCAAACUGAAGCAGAUCCAGAUGCCCAUCGACAUUUUCAUGAGCCACGACUGGCCUCGUGGGAUUUACCGCUAUGGGAAUACAGCAGACCUGUUGAGGAAGAAGAAGUUUCUGCGACAGGAAGUGGAGUCAAACUCUCUGGGAAGUCCGGCUAACGAGGAGCUCCUGGCUCACCUGCAGCCCAGCUACUGGUUCUCUGCACAUCUGCAUGUGAAAUUCGCUGCGCUGAUGAAGCAUCCGUCUAAAGCGAAUGCUGCCCCACGUGCGACCAAGUUCCUGUCUCUGGAUAAGUGUCUGCCCUACAGGGAAUUCUUACAGAUUGUGGACGUCGCAGAGCGAGCAGGUUCAUCCGAGGGCCUUGAGUACGAUCCAGAGUGGCUCGCUAUUCUAAAGGCCACCAACAGUCUGCAGAGAACCACCCCUCACCCCUGGAACCCCCCGGAGAAUAACGGCCUGCACGAGCGGUGGGACUUUAGACCUUCAGAAGCCGCUAUGAUGCAGGUGGUGAAGGAUCUCGGCGGCGAUCUUUCCAUUCCAGACAACUUCAGCCGGACCGUGCGACCCUACGACCCCGACAGGCCCGAGCCGCACGCCACCCCCAGCUGUAACACCAACCCUCAGACGACCGAGCUGUGCGCCACGCUGGGCCUCACCGACCUCUACGCCCUCGUCGGGCAGGGAGGCGUGGACUUGAGCAGACACCCCCGCGGCGCAGGGGGCAAUGAUGAUGAUGAUGUUGAUUAUGCUGAAAGCGCGGACGAACCCAGCGAGUACCCAACCGACACUUCGGGAUUGUCCAGUUCGUAUAACCCUGAUGAGAUCACCAUAGAGGACGAGUGGGAGGAGGAGGAGGAGGGGGAGGAGGAAGGACAGAAGGAGGCUGAGGGUGGGUCUAAUCCAAAAUCGCCAGUAGCCGGAGAUCAUCCCUCUGACGUGCCUGCGGGGGAAGGCCACACCCCCGGCCGGUUGGUUCUGCCCGCGCCCAAGUCCGAUGCCUCCCCCACCAGCGUCUCCCUCCUGAUGAACCUGCCGCCCCCCUCCCACUCGACCCCGGCCGUAGCUCGCUCGACCUCCAGAGCAGAGGGGGGGGAACACUGUGAGGGUGAAGAUGAUGAUGAUGGUGAAGAAGAAGCCUGCGCCUUACGCGCCCUCAAGCGUAGCAGCGAGGAGGCCGCGGCUGCCGGCAGCGGAGGGACGACCCCCCGAAUAAAACGCAGAAACCAGGUCAUCUAUACGGCGGCGGAGGAUGACGACGACUGAGGGUUAGAGGUCAGGGAGGUGAACAAAGUGAGGACUCGUACUUUUUUGUAAUGGGCGGGCACAAUUCUCGAUUUUUUUUUAUUGAUUUGUAAAACGUACUAUUAAGGUUAAUAUCUAUUUGCCAUUUUUUAUACAGCUUCCCGUUAGCAGCAGUUUGGGACAAAAUAUUAUUAUGUGUAAUUUUCAGAAAUUAAAAUGUUUUGCUUUUAGACUGAAGACGUGAUAAAUCAUUGUGCAGCCACCUCUCAAAGGAAACUGAUCAGUUGUGUGUGUGUGUGUGGUUUUUAGUUUCAAAGAAAAG